AUGAAAGAAGUUGGCGCAGUGGAUGCUACCACAAAUCCAUCAAUUUUAUUGGCAGCAUCCAAACUUGAUGAUUACAAGCGUUUUCUGGAUGGGGGUGUUGCAUAUGCCAAAAAAUAUGGUUCAUCAUUAAGUCGUGAAGAACUGCGUGCCUUGGCUAUGGACAAAAUAGCAGUUUUGAUGGGAAAAGAAGUACUAAACGUUGUUCCUGGACGCGUUUCAACGGAAGUCGAUGCUAGGCAUAGAUUUUUUGUUUCAGUCUUACAUUAUUUAUUUUUACUAGCCUUUGACAAAGAUGCACAAAUUGCGAAAGCAUUGACUAUUAUAAAGCUAUAUGAAGAAGAAGGAAUUACAAAAGAACGUGUACUAAUAAAAUUACCUUCAACUUGGGAAGGCAUUCAAGCUGCUUGCAUACUUGAAAGUGAGCACGGUGUUCAUUGCAAUAUGACUUUGCUAUUCAACAUUUAUCAAGCCAUCGCAUGCGCUGAAGCAAAUGCAACGCUGAUUUCUCCGUUUGUUGGCCGAAUUCGUGAUUGGUAUUUGAAAAACACAGAGUCAACAAAUUAUACUCGUGAAACGGAUCCUGGUGUUCAGAAUGUUCGAAAAAUCUACAGUUAUUACAAAAAGUAUGGCUAUAAAACAGAGAUUAUGGCAGCAUCAUUCCGCAACGUUGAUGAAAUCAAAGGUCUUAUUGGUUGUGAUCUGAUGACGAUCAGUCCGGCAUUGCUGAAGGAUCUAUCGGUUGAUAGCGAAAAUGUUCCUAUAAUUUUGAGCCCUGAAAAAGCCAAAUCAUUUGAAAUGCAAAAGAUUUCACUUAGCGAGCCGAUCUUUCGGCAUGAGAUGAAUGAAGAUAAAAUGGCAACGGAUCUUUUGGCUGAUGGAAUACGUCGUUUUGCAGCAGAUGCCCGAGCAAUGGAAGCUUUGAUUGAUAAAGUUCUCUAA